AUGCAACCUGAAUAAAUCGUAGAAUAAGAGAUCUCUCAUAGAGUAUUCGAAAAUUCAUCGCAGUAUCUCUUUCAAGAAAAAACAGUGAUUCAAUAGACUCCAUCAGGGAAUAAUUUAUUUAUUGAGAUUUCAGACAAUAAGCAAACAAAAAUUGAUUUAAUCAAGGUCAUCGAAACUGAUAAGAAACACGAAGAUGUGCAGAGAUAAGCUAACCAAAAUUUGAAUCGAUCAACACCACCAUCAAUUCAUGUUUUCGAACCUCAACUUACAUUAUAAAAUCAUAGUGCUCAUCAUCUAAUUGAUUCUACAGGUAAAACCUAUCUUCAGCAGAGAUUAUAUCAAUAAGCAGUCUAUAAUGGAGAUAAGCUAUAUCAAGAUUAUAGGAAUAACUUACUCAAUUAAUACAAAUCUAACUAAUUUUACAAAAGAGAUAUCAAAUGGGUUUAUUUCUUGAUUCUGAUUAGUGUUUUCUAAACUGUCUUAUACUGUACAUAUAUUCUCAAUAACUAAGGAUAUUAGUAUUUGGGAAGAUGGAACAAAGGCAUUGAUUUGGAUGGCACGCUUUGUGGUUAUGGUAAAGCAGAAAGCUAUCCCUUCAUUUAUUUGAACAAUCCAAUGAAAGAGUAUUUAUAUCAAAGAGUGUGUGUAUCACAAUGUCCAGAUGACGAACAGAAGUAGGUGGAUUGUUUGAGUAAUCAUUUAAUCAAGACAUGCAAUUCACAGAUAAACAUAUCAAAUCCAAACAAGGAUUUCAUUAUAUAUUCGACUUUCAGAUAUUAAUACAGUGUUUGUAUUCCGAAGACUAUGAAUUACUUCUAUUAGACUUCGGAAAUCUACAAUUUUGAGUUGAUUUAAUCAUGCAUCUCUGAUUUGUGGGUAAUGAGAUAUCCAGUGUUCGCAACUUAUUUGGUGACUAUAUUUCUAAAAGUAAUAUUGGACAAAUUGAUAAAGGUAAGAAUGUAAAAAAUAUAUGUGUCAUGUGUUUUACUCAUUCUGUUGAUUGGCAUUGCAGGAAUCUAUUUUUUUCAUAAAUUCAUAAAGUUGAUUAACAUAGGAUCUUUCGACACAUAAAUAGCUACCAUGACAGUUGAUUAUGCCUUUGUUUUGGAGCAUACUUCAAAACCAAAUCCAACAUUGGCCUUAUUGAUGUCAAUCAUUCUUGUGAUGGUUUUCUAUAUAAUGGCUUAUUUGUUUUAUAAGCUGAAUAAUGAAAUUAAAUUGUUGUUUAUUGGAUUGAAAUUGAUGAGGAAAUUUCAAAAAUCAUAGAGAAUGGUCUCAGUUCUGAUAUUCACUAAUUUUCUAAAGUUUUUAAUCUUCAUAUCAUACUUUUACACAUUCAUGGCUACAUUAUCUCCACCAGAUUUUGGAAAUCAUAAACAAAUAUUUACGAAUGCUUUAUCCUUUACUCAAUAUUGUUUGGGCAUUUAUCUAAUAGUCUCACUGAAAUACUGUUAUUUUUUGAUUGAUAAUUUAUUGAGUUUCUUUACAAGUUCAUUGUUUUUGGAAUGGUAUGGAUUAGCAUUAAUUCAAUAGAAUGAAUUGGACUAAACACAAAACUUCAAAAUUCCUCAAAAGAAAACACUAAUUUAUAAUUUGGGAAGUGUAGUAGCUUAAAGUUCGAUCAUUUUCUUCACAGAUUAUUUUGUUAAUGUCUGGAAUCUGUUUAGUAUGAUCAACAAGAAACUUAAAUUAAAAUUUUACUUGCAGGAUUACAAUCAUUAUUCUUCAUUGAAUUAAUUCUCCACUAUUCUUUCGCUUAAGAAUUGCACAUUCAAACAUGCCAUCGAGAUAGUCGAGCAGUUAAAUGGGAUGAUAUUGCCUGUCCAUCAGAAGAGAAUGAUUUAAAUGUCUCAAGUGUAUGGAUAGCUCAAUCAAUACUUUAUCAGUUUGCUUGCUACUAUGAUAAUUUAUGUGAUCUAGAGAUUGCUGUAUUCUGAUUAGUUAUUUUCAAUCUAUCCAGGAUUGGCCAUGGGAUUCGCCAUUGGUUUAUUUGUAUCUCAAACUCACUAUGUUGAAAUGCAAUCAGGGAUUUAGAGUCUGUUCCACAUCUAUUUCCUAGAUUAGGAACAGUCAUUAUUGUUGGGUAUUCUGACAUUCUUCAGGAGGAAGGAUAAAAAGAAAAUGAUCUCACACAUUGAAUAAUAAAUUAAGGACUUCAAAUAGCAGAUUGAAAAAUGA